AUGUCUGAUAUUCCAGUCGAUGCUCAAUGGGAACAGAAUGGAGUCACCAUUGCUGGAAACCAUGGAUCUGGCGGUACCAUCAAUCAAUUAGGGUUUCCCACGGGUCUUUUCUUUGAUAAUACCCAAAGGAUGGUCAUUGCUGACUCCGACAACAAUAGCAUCAUCGAAUGGAAUAUGAAUAAUAUGAAGCUAGAAGUGGUAGCUGGUGGCAAUAGCGUAGGAAAUGGAUCGAAUCAAUUGAAUAGGCCGACCGAUGUGUUGAUUGACAAAGCGACGAAUAGUCUCAUUAUUAGUGAUCAGGGUAAUAAACGAGUUGUACGAUGGUAUCGUCGUAGUGGUACAACACAAGGAGAAAUUCUUCAUGACAACAUAGACGUAAGACGAUAUCGCAUAGGAGACAAGAAUGGAAGUGUCGUGGUUGAUGGCAAUAGUCAACGUAAUAACCUCAACCAGAUCAACCAUCCAACCUACAUCUUUGUCGAUCGAGAACAGGCGAUUUACGUAUCACACAACUACAAUCACCGUGUGAUGAAAUGGAAUAAAAACGCAACAGGAGGAAGCAUCGUCGCUGGAGGUCAUGGUCAAGGAAAUGCUCUGAAACAGUUAAAUUAUCCUGACCAACUUAUUGUUGAUAUAUCGGGAACUCUUUAUAUGGCGGACUCCCAGAAUGAUCGAGUGAUUCGUUGGACUAAACAAGUCGAAUAUGGUGCUGCUAUCGUGGGUGGAAAUGGACACGGAGGACGAGCAAAUCAGCUCAAGCGGCCUAGAGGUUUAUCUUUCGAUCGUGAUAACAUUCUGUGUUGCGGAUACUAA